AAUAACGAUUGUGUAGUGAACAAGUGCCUGUACCAUAACUGUCAGAUUAUUAAAAAAAAACAGCAUAACCUCAAAAACUGGUGUAAUUUCACAAAACAUUUUUUCUAUUUUAUUUACCCUAACUAGCUAAAAUAAACCUAGCAUCCACAUAAUUACAUAAUUCGAAACGUAACAUGUAAAUAAAUCAGUCAAUAAUAGAGUAGAAUAACUUUUCUUUCUGCAAAAUGAGUUCUUCAUGGCUUACACCAAGUUUAGCUGAAGAAAUUAUUAAAAACAAUGAUAUAUUCAAAGAAACGCACAGCAUAAUAUCAGACAUCAUGUCUGGGCGCCUCGAUGUUGUGCAGCUAGUUGAGAACAUGGGUGGAGCCCUAACUAACAAAGAACCCGAAAAUCGGGAGAAAGGGAUGAGAUUUUUUACAAAAAUUCUCAAAGAACUUCCGCAUGAUUUCUUAACGGAGACGCAGAUAAAUUUCAUAUCCAAGUUUUAUGUUGACCGACUGAAAGACAACCACAGAGUAAUUCCAGUUGUUUUAGAAGGUUAUUUGGCAAUAGUCAACAUGGCACAUUACAAUAUCAACAAUAGUGGGGAGUUUUUUACUGUUCUGUUCAGAGAAGUACCCUGCCAGUCACAAGUUAGACAAGACAGAUAUAAUAUUUACUGCAUAACACAGAAUUUAAUGGAUAAAAACAUAGAAUAUAUAAAAUCAUUGGGUCCAGAUUUUGUAUAUGGUGUCAUAUCUGCGAUGGACGGAGAAAGAGAUCCACGCAAUUUGCUGUUCCUUUUCAGUUUCCUAUUUACAUUUUUAAAAGAAGUACCUUUAGGUCAUUUAGUAGACGAAAUGUUCGAAGUUAUAUCUUGUUACUACCCCAUUGACUUUCAUCCUGCACCGGACGAUCCGGCCCCAGUGACGAGACAAGAUUUGGCAAAUGCAUUAUGUCCUUGUCUCUGUGCUGUACCUGAAUUUGGAGAACAAUGCUUAGUUUUGCUCGUUGAAAAACUGGAUUCAAGCUUACGAUUAGCUAAAAUUGAUUCGUUAAGACUAUUAAAUGAGAGCUGUAAAACAUUCAAAGUAGAAACUUAUGGGCCGUUCCUAAAAACACUAUGGGCUUCCAUACACAGAGAGAUAACUCACAAAACAGAUGAAGAACUCAAGAUGGUUGCUCAUGAGACAUUGUCAGCAUUAACUUCUAAAUUAGCCACUGCAUCCAACACAGACCAGGGUUUUGAAAACUUUCUCAAAGGCAUACUGAUUUCAAUGCAAACAGCAAUAGCAGAAUCAACCACUGUUGCCCAGUUUGUUCAAGCAACCAAGGUGUUGCUGACAACAGCAAACGCAUCAAAAGAAUCUUGCGUUAUCGUUAAUAAGUCCAUGAUACCUGCUAUAGUGGCAUAUUAUGGUUUCAAAACGACACCCAAACUGCAAAUCGCCAGCCUAGAUUUCCUUGCCGAUUUGUAUGGAUUGGCUGUGCAUUGGGAAGUUUUAGAUCAAGUGGAAUCGGAGGUCAAUGAGAUCCCGCGUCUGUGCCUAACUGCUGUGAGUCAGCCAUCAAAAGAAUACCAGAUUGCAGGGUUCAAAACUUUAAUCAGAGUCCGGAAUGCGUUACAAAGUGACCUUGUUUUGCCAUUUGUUGAAGUUCUAAUACACAACAUACAACAUUCACAAGACAAGGACUUGCUGAGUGUUAGUGUUGAAACUGUCCAUGCAAUUGCUAGAAAAUAUCCCGAAAAUAUUAUGUGUUUAGUCAUAAAAGGGAAGUGCGAUUUGGAGAAUCUGACCCAAGAUAAAGUCGCGUUGGAAAAGCGUUUGAAUUUGAUGUCCAACUUGGCCAGUAUAGAUGAUUUUACGAAGAUAAUCAUUGAGGAAAUGUUAAAGGUCAUUGUUACUAAAGAUACGGAAGCAUUUAAAGUUGUAGAGGCUAUGAAUGAAUCAAUGUCCAAUGCUAGUCUAUAUUCUAAUGAGAAAUUAUCUGAAAUCGAGAGUGAUCAUGGUCUUAUUGAUUCUAUAUUAUCUUGGGUCACUUCAGAACUGCAUACAGGAUCACAAGAGGCUUUGUCACACGGUUUUAUGUUAAUAGCUAAUACAAUAAGUAGUUUACCAGAAGAGAAACAGCAGAAAAUAUUGUCAAAGCACACAGAGAAUAUUCUGGAAAAGUUUAAGAGUGAUGAGGCCAAUUUUCACUUGGUACACUGCCUGUAUAGUUCUGUUCAUCAGAGUGUGUACAAUUCUAGUUUCGAGGACAUAAUGACGAUGGCACUAACUCAAUCGUUAGAUAGUAACGAUGAUAUUAUUCGGAAUAAAGCUUGUGUGAUAGUGGCACAUUUCUUGAAUAAGGCUGAGUAUGGUCAGAAGUUCGAACUUUUGUAUGAACUGUUGAAGAAUUUUCUUUCUAAAGGUAACAGGGAACAAGCUUUAUCAUCAAGACUAAUAGUUUUGUAUGGAUGGAUAACAAAGGCUUUAAUUAUGAGAGGAAAUGAACUGUUUACAUUUUGGCUGCAAAAGAUCAUGACUACUCUAUCAUCACCAGAAUUCAGUCAAUACGGCUGCGAAGCUAUCCAACUGAUCAUGACUGACUACCCCGAUUACCUGAACAGAAAACAGCAUUGUAGAUCUGGUUUGUUAUACAAGCAAAGGUUUUACCAGAACUUCAAAUCACUAACCAGUACAGUCGGGCCAGUGGAUGAUGAGACAAAGCAAUAUUAUCUGCUGAGUUGGGCGUAUGUACUUGAAAAGGUGCCGAAGACUGUACUUAAUAGUGAUGUUGGACAGAUUGCACCAUUAAUAGUAGAGUCCUUAAAUUACGACAAUAAAGAUUUGCUGCAAGUGAUGCUAGAUAUUCUGUGCCAUUUUGUGCAAGACAAACACGAUGUUGUGGCGCUUAGCUUACAGACUAUUUUACCGCGAUUGGUGAAUUUAUCGAAAUACGUCAAAUCUAUGGAUGUUCGGAUAAAAAGUCUACAAUGUCUCUACGAAAUCGCAAACUCAUACCGCACCAUGAUACUUCUUCCUCACAAGCAAGACAUUUUAUUGGAUUUAGCGCCAUCUCUCGACGACAAGAAGCGAUUGGUUCGCAAUAUGGCCGUCAAAGCUAGAACGAGAUGGUUCUUAGUUGGCUCCCCAGGAGAAAAUAAGGAGAAGGAAAACUGAUACCAAUCAAAAUCGUUAGUGAAAUCUGGAAGAAUAAUUCAACCAUUUCUAUUGCACAAAUGAGAUAAUAAUAUGUUUAUUUAACGCCAUCUAUUGGCGACAAUAACUUGCAACUGCGACAAAAUGGACACGUUACAUUUUGCUACCAAAUUGUUAUGCCUAAAUUCAAAGCAGCUCCAGCUAUAUUCGUAGGGUAAAUAAACUAAAAAAAUAUAUUUUACAAGCAUCAAUGGAUUGAAAAAUUUU